CGAUAUCUGUGUAUAACGAUUAAAUACAAGCCGCGAAAAAUGUUCCUAGCUAUUGUACUAGCAAUAACCUUACUUGUAAUUGCUCUGUAUUUGUACAGUAAAUUAAGUGCAGGACAAUGCGAAAACAGUAAUCAUUUAGUUGGUAAAGUAGUGAUAGUGACCGGAGGAAGUUCUGGGAUCGGGUUCGAAGCAGCGAUGGACUUGGCGCAGAGAGGAGCGCGGGUGAUCAUAGCAAAUCGAAACCAGAAAAAUGGAAUGGACGCCAGAGCUAAGAUAGUAACUGGGUCGGGUAAUAAUGAUGUAUUUUAUCAUUGUUUGGACCUCGCCAGCUUCAAAUCUAUACGACAAUUUGCAGAAAAUGUAUUGAAAACCGAAGAACAAUUGGAUGUUCUAAUUAACAAUGCAGGAAUUUUUUAUGGCGCUCACGAAAUUACAGAAGAUGGACUCGUUGCUGAAUUGCAAAUAAACUAUUUUGGUCCAUUCCUUUUGACCAACCUACUUCUACCGCUGCUCAAAAAGACUCCUAAAAGUCGCAUAGUAAACGUUUCGUCGGCGAUAUAUAGGCUCGGCCGAAUAGAUCUGGAUGACUUAAAUCUGGAGCGAAAUAGUUGGAUUGCAAACUACCUUACAUACGCUUCAUCAAAAUUGUACCUUAUGCUCAUGACUGUGGAAUUAGAUCGUCGUUUGCGUGGCUCUGGUGUUACAGUUAAUGCAGUACAUCCAGGCGCAGUGAGAAGUAAUAUUUUACGUUCGGAUAAAAUAAAAAAAAUUGCCUUCCACUUGAGUAAAAUAUUUACUAAAGAUUGUAAGAUGGGAGCACAGACAGUUAUUUAUUUAGCUACGUCACCUGAACUGACAGAUGUGAGUGGAUGCUAUUUUGUAGAUUGCAAAGAAGUUAAAAUGAGCGAUAAAGCUACUGAUAUGAAUCUUGCAAGAAAAUUAUGGGAGAAAUCAACUCAGCUGGUGCACUUAGAGUAA